GGCUUGGACUUGAGACGCGCGCCGUGGCAGCCGACGCCGCGCUCGCGCUCGCACCGCGCAAUCCGGAACUCCUGAGCUCUCGUACGCGACGCUGUGGCUCGGUUUGAGACAGCCAACGCGCCCCAGCCGACGCCGUGCUCACGCAUAUGAGAGCAGGCGUUCUCGCGUGCGCGAUCUCUGCCAUGGGCCUCUCGCCCAAAUUUGAGAUUCCGAAGCGCAUCGGCGUCGGCCUCGCCGCGCUGGGCCGCCCGGGCUACAUCAAUCUCGGCCGCGAGCAACACCUCGGCGGCCGCGACGAGGCGUCGAUGCAAGCGCAAGCGUUCGUUGUGCUCGACGCGGCGUGGGCGUCCGGCGUGCGCUGGUUCGACGCCGCGCGCUCGUACGGCAAGGCCGAGGAGUUCCUCGGCGCCUGGCUGCGCGAGCGCGGCAUCAAGCCCUCGGAAGUCUGCGUGUCGUCCAAGUGGGGCUACCGCUACAACGCCGGGUGGCGCGUGACGACGGACGGGGAGCCCCACGAGAUAAAGGACCACUCGCUCGCGCACCUGCGGAGCCAGACGCUCGAGACCGCGGCGCUCAUCGGCGACUACGUCGAUCUCUACCAGAUCCACUCGGCGACGCUCGAUUCCGGCGUGCUCGACGACGAAGCGGUGCUGGCGGAACUCCGCGCGAUCAAGGCGGAGCGCGGCUGGCGCAUCGGCGCGUCCGUGUCGAGCCCGGCGCAGGCCGACGUCGUCGCCAAGGCGCUCGAAGCCGGCGGCGACGAGAAGCUCUUCGACGCGCUGCAGGUCACCUACAACGUGCUCGAGCAGGGGCCCCACGACGCGCUCGUGCGAGCGGCCGAGGCCGGCGUCGACAUCAUCGUCAAGGAGGCCAUGGCCAACGGCCGCGCGCUCGAGUGCGCCCCGCUCGUCGCCAAGGCCGCGGAGCUCGACGUCGCGCCCGACGCGCUCGCGCUCGCGGCCGUCCUCGCCCAGCCGUUCCGGCCCCACGUCCUCUCGGGCGCCGUCACCGCGGACCAGCUCGCGUCGAACCUCGGCGCGGACGCGUGCGCCCGGCGCCUCGCGGACGACCCGGACCUCCUCGCGGAGCUCAUGCGCGCGUGCCGCCAGGACGGCGCGGCCUACUGGAAGGACCGAGGCGCGCUCGCGUGGAACUAACCGAGGGCCGCUCAU